ACAGCAAGCCAUCUACGCCGCCAACGCCGCCGCCGCCAUGUCGCCGCUCGCUUGCUCGCUGCUCGCUCUCACCACACUGUUCGCCGUUUCCGACGCGGAAAAGGUUGGGGUUCCAAAUCCCUUUUGCGAUGGUCGGAUGAAAGGCACUGAAGGCGACAGCGUAAUAAAUUUUGAGAUGACUGUUUCUGGUGGCGUAGUGACCAUUCCUGAUAAAUGCUCCCGGGUAGGAAAAGAGUUGGUGGGCGAGAAUGUCAACACGUGCAACACGUCCAAUUCCAAGCCCUUGUUCCGCAGCAUUUUGGGCCUUGAGAAUAACUUCGGGAUAAUUGGCAUCGAUUGCCCCACAAACACUAUCGGAUGCAUGGCACUCAAGUUGAAAGUCAUGCAGCAUUGCAAAUCGAUUCUGCCACCGGUACGCGGAUAAUAAACACCCAAUAUGAUUUAAUCCCCCUAAAGUCCAAGGCCCUACCUAUAAUACUAAUUAUGUCAAUGAUAUUUGAAUCGUAUUCAUUUUGAACAGAGGAGCAUUUCGUUUGCUUUGAGUAUUUUAAAACAAACGAAAUUUGAUCUUAUUUUCUGUAGCUUUCUAAGUUAACUGUGUCUUUUCUUUAAUAAUGGGCCUUAGGAGUUUAUGGUAAAAAUCAAUUUAUCUUUAUUUAUAUAAUAUGCUCUGCUUUUGGCGUCUUGGAGACGAAAUUAUUAUUUGAUUCUGGCAACAUUUUUGGCGUUUAUUGGCGUGUGGCAUAUUAAAAAUUAAUCAUCA